AAUAUAGUUGUAUUAAAUCCUCACUAAAGUUUUACGCAAUUUUACUUCAUGACACUGACAUGAAGGGGAAGAAAAGACGGAUGGAGAGUAACUGACUCACUAGAAUUGUAGCUCCGCCCCUGGGAGGUCUCCGCAUUCCGGUUUGAAACAUCACGCCACUGCUGUAGCUCCGCCCCUUUAUGGUCCUGUCCCGCCGUUCAAAAAUGGACCAAAUGCGGUCAGAGCGCCUCUCACUCUCAACGUCUACUUCCUUAGCGUGACACGGCUUAUUUAGUAAGGGAAGCCCACUCACGCUCGCUGUGACAUCCCGGAGCGGCAGACGUUGAAGUCGACGACGAAGGAAGAAGAUGCUGUGGUCGCGACAGGUGGCGUGUUGCUGCCUGCUGAUGCUCAUCCACGCUUCUGCUCUGUCUGCCUACGAAUGCAGCUCCAGUCAGCUGAAGUGCGCAAACGGCAGGUGUGUCACCCGCCGGUGGGUUUGCGACGGGACGGACGACUGUGGUGAUGGAACCGAUGAACUCCCUGAAACAUGCGCGGCCAGAACGUGUCUAGACACAGAGUUCAGCUGCGGUGCCCCCGAGCAUCAGUGUGUACCCCAGGGCUGGCACUGUGACGGCAAAGCUGACUGUGACAACGGCGCAGAUGAGAAGAACUGCAGUGCGACUUAUACUCCGAAAAAUACGGUAAUUCCCCCCUUCCUCAUCUCCACAGCGGCAAAGCAGUGCACGGCUCAGCAGUUCCGCUGCACCACAGGACAGUGUAUAUCUCACAGCUUCGUGUGUGACCACGACGACGACUGUCCCGACGGCUCAGACGAGGCUUCCUGCCCGAAGCCGACAUGUAGCCCGCAGACCUUCCAGUGUAACAACUCUGUAUGCUUGCCCGCUACAUGGCGCUGCGACGGCGACAAAGACUGCGCCGACGGGUCCGACGAGUGGCCCCAGAACUGUGUGGGCAAGCAGCCGGAGAAGAAGACUUGUGCAGAGCAUGAGUUCCAGUGCGCUGAUGGCUUUUGCACACACAGCAGCUGGCGCUGCGAUGGCAGCACAGACUGCCUGGAUCACUCGGAUGAAGUCAACUGCACUCGCCCUACUUGUCAGCUCGAUGAGUUCCAAUGCGGUGACGGCACGUGCAUCCAUGGCAGCCGUCAGUGCGACAACCUGCGCCACUGUUCAGACGGUAGCGAUGAGCUCGGCUGCCCAGCAGAAAAUUCCUGCGACGGCCCCACUCAAUUCAAGUGCGGCAGCGGGGAGUGCAUCAGCAUGGCGAAGUUGUGCGACAAACAGAAAGACUGCCAGGAUUGGUCGGAUGAGCCAGUCACCGAGUGCAACAACAACGAGUGCUUGAGUGGAAAUGGCGGCUGCUCCCACGGUUGUAUAGAUCUAAAGAUUGGCUACAGUUGUUCCUGCCCUGCAGGAUACACACUUCAGGUGGACAAAAAAAACUGUGAAGACAUUGACGAAUGUGCAGAUCCGGACAUCUGCAGUCAGAUUUGCAUCAAUGAGCCUGGCAGCUACAAGUGUGAUUGUAAAGAAGGCUUUGCCAUGGACCCUGUUGCCAAGACCUGCAAGGCUGAGUCAGGCACCACACCCACCCUCUAUUUCACAAACAGACAUGAGGUGAGAAAGAUGACGGUGGAUCGUAGCGAGUACAUGCGUCUGGUGGGCGGGCUGAAGAACGCAGUAGCUCUGGACAUGGACAUGCCCAGAGAGAUUAUCUUCUGGGCGGACCUUGCCGACAAGAAAAUCUACAGCUCUAGGUUAGACAUGGCCGCCAACUCCUCCCAACAUACCGUAGUGAUCGGCGAUGGAAUCAAGGACCCAGAAGGCCUUGCAGUGGACUGGAUCCAUGGCAACAUCUACUGGACUGACAGUUCUUUGCUCUGCAUCUCCGUGGCAACAACAGAGGGCAGCAAGAGGAAGACGCUCAUCACAGAAAACCUGCAGAAGCCAAGAGCCAUCACAGUGGAUCCAAUUAACAACUUCAUGUACUGGACUGACUGGGGUGAGGAGGCAAGGAUAGAGAGGAGUGGUUUAAAUGGAGCCGACCGCAUCGUCCUGGUAAAGGACAACAUUGUGUGGCCUAACGGAAUCACCCUUGACAUGGUCAACCAGCGACUCUACUGGGUGGACUCAAAGUUGCACACACUCUCCAGUGUAGAUGUAAACGGAGGGACGAGACACAUUCUCAUCUCCAAUAAAGAAAAACUUUCACACCCGCUCUCUCUGACAGUCUUCGAGGACAAAGUCUUUUGGACGGACACAAGCAACAGAGCAGUUUUCAGUGCCAGCCGUAAGACAGGAGGGGACAUUACGGAGCUGGCAAGAGACCUGGAUCAGCCAGAGGACAUUGUGCUCUACCACAACCUCAAGCAACCAAGCGGUCGCAACUGGUGCACAGAGAGCAACAAUAUUAACGGAGGCUGUGAGUUCUUGUGCCUUCCUGCCCCGGUCAUUAACCAAAACUCUCCUAAAUACACCUGUGCCUGCCCUGACCACAUGACCAUGGCGCCUGACAUGAGGAAAUGUGUGGCAGUCGCGCCUCCUGCUGUAAGUAACAACAGUGAUCCAGACAACCACGCUGUGACAAGAGCCACAAUCACGACUACCUCAAUCAUGCAGCCUCAGAAGCCCAACAUCUCCUCCUCACUACAGCCUUCAGCCAACAGACAAGCCAAUGUGCCUGCAGAGGCCGAGUCGUCUCACCCCGCACCCCUCUACAUUGCAAUUCCAAUCGUGGUCAUGGUCUUGCUAGUAGUUGGCGUAGCGUUGCUAUGGAGACACUGGCGACGGAGGAACACCAACACCAUCCACUUUCUCAAUCCCGUUUAUCAGAAGACCAUAGAGGACGAGGAGCACAUUGGCAGAAACGACUCGGAAGGCUACGUGUAUCCUCAGAGACAAAUCCUUAGAAUGGACGACAUUGAUGUGGCUUAAUUGACCUUGAACAAGUGACACCCAAAACUAAGGCUAUUCUUCUUUUUCUACGUCAAUCUUCCAAAGAAGCCAUAGUUUAUAUGAAUGAAGGGGUCGGGCAUGCCUGCAGGAUGCCAUGAUGUCAAACCUCAGCAUGUCUUCGGAAUCAAAAGGUUCAGAAGAUGAUGCUUUUACUUGCACUGAUCUUGUCUGAAUGUACCAUAACCGUUUGCUAAAUACGUAUUUAUUAUUAUUAUCCAGCGCCAACAUGUAACUUAGUGGUGCUGAGCAGAUGAUUGACACAUGAAGUGGGGUACACACGUAAAGGAAAUUAGGCCGUUGUUGUCUCGAUUGUUCCCGUUUCUGUCAUGAUCCGUGGUCCAGAUCAUGUUUUGUUUAGUUAUGUUCUGUUGGUUUUGGACUCCAUAGUUCCUGUUUGUUUUAGUUUCCAUGACGACUCAUUAGUUCCACCUGCCUCAUGUGUUCGGAUCACGCACCUGCUCUAAUCAGAGACUAUUAUUUAAAGGGGAACAUUAUCACAAUUUCAGAAGGGUUAAAACCAUUAAAAAUCAGUUCCCAGUGGCUUAUUAUAUUUUUCGAAGUUUUUUUAAAAAUUUUACCCAUCACGCAAUAUCCCUAAAAAAAAGCUUCAAAGUGCCUGAUUUUAACCACCCGUCCAUUUUCCAUACUUGAAUUUCAGUGAAUUCUAGCUAUAAAUAUACUCCUCCCCCCUUAACCACCCCCCCACCCCAAUCUCCCAAAUUUGGAGGCCUCAAGGUUGGCAAGUAUGGCCAAUUCUAAUCCGUCAGUGACGGUUAAUAUGAACUUUUCAACCGUUCAAGAUUAUCCUCGUCAAAAAGCUAACAAUCUUAUCUUAGGGACGGCGUGGCGCAGUGGAAGAGUGGCCGUGCGCGACCCGAGGGUCCCUGGUUCAAUCCCCACCUAGUACCAACCUCGUCAUGUCCGUUGUGUCCUGAGCAAGACACUUCACCCUUGCUCCUGAUGGGUGCUGGUUAGCGCCUUGCAUGGCAGCUCCCUCCAUCAGUGUGUGAAUGUGUGUGUGAAUGGGUAAAUGGGGAAGUAGUGUCAAAGCGCUUUGAGUACCUUGAAGGUAGAAAAGCGCUAUACAAGUACAACCCAUUUAUCAUUUAUCAUUUAUCUUUACUGACAAUUGUAAGCUUUUGACCAUGCAAUAGGACAACAUUCAAUUGGUUUUAAGUGGGCAUUAAAAAGCAUUCAAUUAGAUUUGCUUAUACCUGCAGAAACCCUGAUUAUGGAGGACUAGUGAUGGUGGUGAGACAGAAUGCUUAUGUACCGUAUUUUUCGGAGUAUAAGUCGUACCGGAGUAUAAGUCGCACCUGCCGAAAAUGCAUAAUAAAGAAGGAAAAAAACAUUUAUAAGUCGCACUGGAGACCGGUCAAACUAUGAAAAAAAACUGUGACUUAUAGUCCGAAAAAUACGGUAUGUGGUUUUGUUAUUAUCUUAUUAUUAUUAUUAUUAUCUCAGAUUUAGAAAAUGUGUGUACAAGCCUUAAGACCGUCCAAUGAUUGUAUGAAACGUGACUUAAGAAGCCGAUUUGUUGCACAAAAGCAACUGGAAAAAGCCCGAUUCAUUCAUCGCCUUGUAGUGCUCUCAGACUAGCCACUGUGGUAGUUGGCACCCCCUUUGCUCGGGGCUAUUCAGCUGAAUUGUUUUAGCGGCCACAUUUCCAAAGAAUAACCCUCCUUGUAUAACAGAAGCGCUGUACUUUUUUUUGAUGAUUUGGCUGCAAAAGUGUUAGCCUAUUCCAGGGGUCGGCAACCCAAAAUGUUGAAAGAGCCAUAUUGGACCAAAAAUACAAAAACAAAAUUAAAAGCCAUAUUACAUACAAAUAAUGUGUCAUGAGAUAUAAAUUGAAUUAAGAGGACUUAAAGGAAACUAAAUGAGCUCAAAUAUACGGUAGCUACAAAUGAGGCAUAAUGAUGCAAUAUGUACAUAUAGCUAGCCUAAAUAGCAUGUUAGCAUCGAUUAGCUUGCAGUGACCAAAUAUGUCCGAUUAGCACUCCACACAAGUCAAUAACAUCAACAAAACUCACCUUUGUGCAUUCAUGCACAACCUUAAAAGUUUGGUGGACAAAAUGAGACAGAAAAAGAAGUGGCAUAAAACACGUCCUAGAACGUCGGAGAAAGUUAUACAUGUAAACAAACUAAGGUGAGUUCAAUGACCGCCAAAAUUAGUAGGACAAAACGGCGCUCAAAAUACUCGAAUCAGUGAAGCUGACAAUGUGCUUUAUAACAAUUAGGGAGGUUUGUGUCAUGUUUGUCCUCCUACAGAAACCAUAUUAAAACAAAAAAUAUAUUUUUUUCCUCUCAUCUUUUUCCAUUUUUGAUACAUUUUUUAAAAAGCUCCAGAGAGCCAGCUAGGGCGGCGCUAAAGAGCCGCGGGUUGCCGACCCCUGGCCUAUUCCAAGCUUUUUAAACUAAACGUGUCUGGUGUCACUCUGGCCCGUGGGUUCUUUACCCCUGCACUGAUGGCUUUAAUGAAUGUUAAGGUUGCAACUACUUGGUUUAAAAAAAAAAAGUGUCUUGCACACACUGGGCCGAGCUACUAAAGUCGAAAUAACAUGCUAAACAGCGUGUGCACGCUAUAAAAUUUUGUGGCCGUGUUUGGUGUGAUCUGCUAAGACUGCAUGUAUAAUUGACAACUGGUGCAGACCGCCCUAUUUAAAUGUGUACUACUGGCGUUAUGUGUCCAUAGAAACACUCAUUUCCCACACAUUCAUGUUAUUAUGCUCUUCAACUAACUUCUCUGCAAUAUGUGUACAGCUCCACUAAUGGACAUUGGCGUGUUACUUUCAAAGGCAAAAUUAAAGUAUUGCUAGAAACAUCAUUUUUAUAUGGGACUUUAUUGUAUUAUAUGUAUAGUACAUGUUCCAAAAAGAAAAAAGCAUAAAACACCACCAGAAUUAGAGAUAUUACAAGUCAAAGUGAUGAAUCUCAGUGUUACGCUCAUGACUUGGUGUAACUAAACAUUACCCUAUAAGAUGAAGGCAAAUGCAUUUUAUUGAUAUUUGAAAUUUAUUCAAUGUUUAUAAAUGAAUAUUUAAAUAUACUAAAUGUAAAUAUUCAAAAUAAGAUCAUUAAAUGAAAUUUAGUUUGGUUACGUCCAUCAUGAGCGCAACACAAGGUUGUAAAAGUUUCAACUACAAUUGUAAAUAAGAUGUCAAAAGCAAACUGAAAUCAAAUACACACAGCUUAAAGAUUGAUCAAUACCUAAUUAAAUUUAGUAAUACAUAAAUAUGAUGAUUUAUCAAAAUAUAAAAGAAAUAUACCUGAACAGAACGCUCAUGAUGGUUACACCAAAAAGUAACGCUAUGAAUCGCGUUUUUCCAACGUUUUUGGGGCAUUUUUAUGCUAUUUCCAAGCAUCUCCUUUUUAUUAUCAUUGAUUUUAAAUGGUCAAACUAAUGCAUAUUAUAUAUGCAUGCCCUAGUACAGUGGUUCUCAAAUGGGGGUACGCGUACCCCUGGGGGUACUUGAAGGUAUGCUAAGGGGUACGUGAGAUUUUUUUUUUAAUAUUCUAAAAAUAGCAACAAUUCAAAAAUCCUUUAUAAAUAUAUUUAUUGAAUAAUACUUCAACAAAGUAUGAAUGCAACUUCAUAAACUGAACAUCAAAUCAAGUAGGCUAUUCCAUUCAUUACAAUGCAACAAUGCAAUAUUCAGUGUUGACAGCUAGAUUUUUUGUGGACAUAUUUAUAAUUGAAUCACUUGUUUAUUUUUCAACAAGUUUUUAGUUAUUUUUAUAUCUUUUUUUUCCCAAAUAGUUCAAGAAAGACCACUACAAAUGAGCAAUAUUUUUGCACUGUUAUACAAUUUAAUAAAUCAUAAACUGAUGACAUAGUGCCGUAUUUUACUUCUUUAUCUCUUUUUUUUCAACCAAAAAUGCUUUGCUCUGAUUAGGGGGUACUUGAAUUAAAAAAAAAUGUUCACAGGGGGUACAUCACUGAAAAAAGGUUGAGAACCACUGCCCUAGUAAACCAAAAAAAAAAGGCAUAUUUAUUUUGAUUGUUACAUUUUGAAGUACAUUUGUGCAGGUGGGUGCGAAUGUACCCAUUACCAGAGCUGUACACAUAUAGAAUCCCAACUACCGCAUUUUUCGGAGUAUAAGUCGCACCGGAGUAUAAGUCGCACCUGCCGAAAAUGCAUAAUAAAGAAGGAAAAAAACAUAUAUAAGUCGCACUGAAAAAAACUGCGACUUAUAGUCCGAAAAAUACGGUAUUUUUAAUUAGCCCCUUAAGUCAUCCAGGAGCUUUAAUAUUAUAAAAUAAUAUUGUUGAAUAGAAGAAAUGUUAUGUUUAAUUUCAGUUGACCCACAAAAGAUUCUGUGUCUUCGCAGCGCGAUCCUCUUCUUUUCCACAGCCAUUUAUUUUUUAUUUAUUUUAAGAUAUCAGACACACUACCGUAUUUUUCGGAGUAUAAGUCGCUCCGGAGUAUAAGUCGCACCGGCCGAAGAUGCAUAAUAAAGAAGGGAAAAAAACAUAUAUAAGUCGCACUGGAGUAUAAGUCUAUUUUUUGGGGGAAAUGUAUUUGAUAAAAGCCAACACCAAGAAUAGACAUUUGAAAGGCAAUUUAAAAUAAAUAAAGAAUAGUGAACAACAGGCUGAAUAAGUGUACGUUAUAUGAGGCAUAAAUAACCAACUGAGAACGUGCCUGGUAUGUUAACGUAACAUAUUAUGGUAAGAGUCAUUCAAAUAACUAUAACAUAUAGAACAUGCUAUACGUUUACCAAACAAUCUGUCACUCCUAAUCGCUAAAUCCCAUGAAAUCUUAUACGUCUAGUCUCUUACGUGAAUGAGAUAAAUAAUAUUAUUUGAUAUUUUACGGUAAUGUGUUAAUAAUUUCACACAUAAGUCGCGCCUGAGUAUAAGUCGCACCCCCGGCCAAACUAUGAAAAAAACUGCGACGAAUAGUCCGAAAAAUACGGUAAAUAAAGAUGCAAAGUGGCGCACGCAGAACAGUUUUAGAUUUGAUAAAUCACUUUGCACGUGUUUAAUCAUUAUAUUUGCAUGUUAUCCUACUUUUGUGGGCUUUCUGACGAGCAGCAUAUAUUCUGCAUACUCACGAAGACAGACUCUGCUCACUUAAGAGACGCAAUCCUCUGCCAAGACCUUUUGAUUGAUUGAUCGAAACUUUUAUUAGUAGAUUGCACAGUACAGUACAUAUUCCGUACAAUUGACCACUAAAUGGUAACACCCGAAUACGUUUUUCCACGUUAAUCAAUUCAUGGUAUAGUAGACCUUAGUAGAUCAGGCCCAUUGUGUGCUUGCUUCCGUGAGACAAACCAAAUAGGUGUUUGUUUUUUUUAUUAUUGCAAACGGUUAAAGCUGCUGAAUUUCUUGUUAUCAACAAAUAUGAAGAACGUGUUUGAAAUGAAGAUGUCUUUGUAAAUAGACUGUCAAUGUUUUGUAAACAUUCACUCUGCUGCCUUUUCUCUAUGUGUUGUGAGUCGGGAAAUAUUGUGUAUAUCUUGCUAUUAUUUAUUCAUGAAGUGGAUAUCGGAGAUGUUAUUGAUUUGUUGUGGUGUGGCUCAAAAUAUAUAAGCAGUUAAAUAAGCCUAAUGUGAUUCAUAUCCGAGCUACAUUAAUAUUGUUUUGUUUAGUUUUUUUCAUUUUAAAAGUAUUUUAUCUUUUUAUUGCCACUGCUCCGUUUUAAAGGAUAUCCAGAGUGGGAACUAUCACAAUAUAGAACAUGCUAAACAGGUAUAUAUGUUGAAUUGUAUUGAGGUAGGCUAGGAAUAAUACAGAAUGUUUAAAAAAAUGUAAUAUAUAAAAAUAAUGAAAUAUAUGUUUUUCGAGUAACAAGACAGCUUAAACGCAAAAGACUUUUAAAUAAUGAUAUAAUUAUAAAUCGUAUACUGGUGUUAAUUCAGUCCAACUUAGACACUGUGCAGCUGAUGUUUAAUAUGUUUGACGUGAUUGUACAUGUUUUGUCGAGAAAACGCUUUGUUUGUUACGUGUCUUUUUUUUUGUGAUGACAAUCACAUAAUUUAUUCUGCAUCUUGUGUGUUACUUGAGUAUCACUUUGUUUCCACUGUGAAAUAAAAUGCACAUAAAAAUGGAGUGUUGUUGAAGAAUAUGUGUGUACUUGCUUUGCCAG